CUGACGAUCGGAGCGCACGUGCAGAUACAAUAUAAAGCGAUAUAGCGGGAGAAUCGGGCAAGUCGAGAAUCGAACGGAGUCGGGGACGGUACUGAAAUCGAAGCACAUUAUGUACAGUGCAUAGCGCACACAAUUGAAAUUAAUUUACGCGUCGCUGCCCAUCUGCAUAAGUUCAAUGGAAACAGAAGCUAAAACAACAGCCCAGCCACAGUCAGAGCCAGAGCCAGCCACUAGUAGCCGUAGAGUGGAAAAUUGUGAAGAAAGUGCAACCGAAUCGAAUUAAAAAUCGAAUCAAGAAGAGACAGCCAAAGAGUGCAAGCUAAAAAACAAAACAAAAACAAAGAAACGCGUGUUCGUGUCCCAUAUGUUAAAGGUCAAUAAUUAAAAGGACCUUUUUUUAAUGCAAUAAUUUAUGUGACUGUUUGUUUUCAUUCACGAAUUGUCGAAAACUUUGUCUCAAUUAAUGUUUGUCUAAAGAAGAGCUGCAAUUAAGUUUGGAAAUAAAAAGAGAUAUAAAAGAAAUUGUGCCGAAAACUUUCAAAGAACUAAAAAGGUUAAAAAAAGCUGUGUAACACCAUUGUUGGAGUUUAAUAAUAGCCCACAAAAUGACCCUCUUGCCAGAUAUUAAGGCUUCAGAUGCCGCCUGCUGUGGCGGUGGGGCAAGCAGUGAUGCCAGCAGCAGUUCCGGUAGCAGCCACAAAAACCACGAUGGCCACGAAAGCGGUUGUCUGGGCAUCAAUUGCUGUGCCACCGCUGCCAGCUCGGAGAUGUCCAUCGACGAUACCUCAUCGACCUCCUCCCGGGGCUCAGCUGCACUGGCAACGAAAGUAACCAACAAUCUGAAUGGCUUCCAGGGGCCAAACUAUCAUCAGGCAGUGGCCCAUGCCAAUUUUGAUCACUGCGAGCCGGUGGACAUUGAGUUUUCCAAUGUGCGCUAUACUGUGAAAAAGUUUUCCUUCCCAGAAAGAAAAUUCAUCAGCAAGGAAAUCCUUCAUGGCCUCAAUGGUAGCUUCCGAUCUGGCGAGCUGACAGCCAUUAUGGGUCCCUCGGGUGCAGGCAAGAGUACUCUUUUGAAUGUCAUGUCUGGGUUCUGUGCGACUGGAGUGUCUGGAGAUAUAAAGGUUAAUGGCAAGGAGAUGUCUCCCAGUUCAGAGAGAUUCCGUCAGCUCCUUUGCUACAUCCACCAGGAUGACUUGCUGCGACCUCAGUUAAUGGUGGGCGAAAUAAUGUUGAUGGCCGCUCAUCUGAAGUUGGGUUUCAAGGUGACCAAGGCGUACAAAAUUGAUCUGAUCAAACACAUAUUAUCGCUGUUGGGUCUGGAUCAUCGCUAUAAUGUCUACACAGCCAAGCUAUCCGGUGGUCAGAAGAAGCGUCUGGCGAUUGCCCUGGAGCUGAUAAGUAAUCCUCCUGUACUAUAUCUGGACGAGCCGACAACGGGUCUGGAUAGCUCUUCGUGCAGUUCCUGUGUGGCUCUGUUGAAAAAACUGGCCUCCCAGGGUCACACCAUUGUCUGUACAAUCCAUCAGCCCAGUGCCCUGAUUUUUGAGAUGUUCGAUAAGCUAUAUACCGUGGUGGACGGCUACUGCAUGUACCAGGGUCCUGUGCGGGAAUUGGUACCAUUUUUGGCCGAUCAGCAACUGGUUUGCCCCAGCUAUCACAAUCCAGCCGAUUAUCUCUUGGAAGUGGCCGUGGGGGAGCAUCAACGUGAUCUGAAUGAACUGAUCAGUGCGGCGAAUAAAAAGUAUUACGAGGAUGUCGAUAGGUAUCGCUACAUGAGCAGUGCGGAUAUGUCACGCCUCGUGGCAACAAUUAAAGACAAUAUUGCCGGCAAAACACUUAGCAAAUCGGAUCAAGAUCUACCAACAGUUGCGCUGGCGCAAUUUUCCAGCUUCGAUUAUGUGAAACCGGCGGCCCAGGAACUGGCGCUGGAGGAGAUCAAGGCGCUCAGUGGCACCACAGACAUCUCUGGUCAAGAUCGCUUCCAAGACAAGAAACAUCAACAGCCACUUGCCAAUGUCAAUGAGCUUGCCAGGCAGCCAAAUGCAAUUCAAUCAGCCUCGUUCAUCAUGCAAUAUUUGCUCUUGAUGAAGCGAAUUUUGGUCUGCGCCAAACGCAACUAUUUUCUACUGUUGGCCCGCAUCGUUUCGCACAUUUUCAUCGGCGUCAUCUUCGGCUACCUGUACAUGAACGUGGGCAAUAGUGCCACCAGUGUACUGGGCAAUUACGUCUAUUUGUACGGAUCCACUCUGCUCUUGGUCUACACCGGAAAAAUGGCUGUGGUCAUGACAUUUCCGCUGGAAAUCGACAUGCUAACCCGGGAGCACUUUAAUCGCUGGUACAAGCUGGGUCCCUACUUCCUCUCAUUGAUCUCCUUCGAGAUUCCAUUCCAGAGCUUCUGCACUGCCCUGUACAUUGUGAUCAGUGUACAUCUUACGGGCAACGAUCAUGUGGACUCGUUCCGGAUCUACUACUUCAUGUUGUUGGGAAUACUGGCCUCGCUGAGUGCCCAGGCCUGGGGCUUUUUCGUGGGAGCCACGCUGCCAACAAAGCUUGCCGUCUUUCUGGGACCCAUUCUGGCGGUGAUGUUCUCUGUUUUCGGAUUCUGCACACGCUACAUCGACAUAACCCCCAUUUUCCGUUGGAUGUGGCACUUGAGCUACUUCCGGGCCGGAUUCCAUGGAGCUCUAAAUGCAAUCUACGGCAUGGAUCGACCCCUGCUGGAGUGUCCGGACACUGUAAUGUAUUGCCACUUCCGUAGCCCGAAGGUCUUCCUCAAGUACAUGAUGAUCUCGGACGUGCACAUGUCCGACUGCCUGCUCCUCAUGGGCAUCGUGAUCGGUGUGAUGCAUGUGCUCACCGUGUUUACCCUUUGGCGGAAGUUGAACAAACGAUAGAGUGUUGGUCACUAUAUAUAGCCCUAUUUAUAGCCCAGUUUUUACUCCUAUUGUACAUAGUCUUGGGUGUCUUUAAGUUACAAAUUGAAUUUAUAUAUUUAAUUUUUGCGUUUUACAAUUGAUCAACAAUCCAUUCCACAUGAUUACGAUGAUGAACGAAAAAUACCUAGCUUAAUUAUUUAUUAAAAUAUUCAAAGAACUAUUGUAUGCAAGAAGGCUUUAGGGUAGCUUACUCCAGUUUAAGUGCUGAUAUACCAAAAAACAACAAAAAAAUCUUUGGAAAAAAUUAUAAUUUCAGACCCCAUCACCCCCAUAGUAUCCAUCUUGCCUAAAAUUGUCAUGCCCUGAGUUUGGUUUCCUCGAGAAAUCCAAGCUAUGCCAAAUCUUGAAUAUCAAUCUUUGUCUUCAGAGUACCCCAUCAGAGCAAAGAUACAUUUGUGAUCCAUAUUUUGUUUUCUAUUUAGUGUCUAGGCUUAGUUCUAUGAUUAAGUUUGAUUUAUGUGUAAACGGAAGAUGAUAAUGUAUGUAUAACUUGUAUAGUGAACGCUUUAGAUGUUUUUAACCUUUUUGAUUUUGUAAUAAAAUUUUGGUAAAUUUGA